ACUUUUUUUUUUUUUUUUUUUUUAUCUUGUCUUUCUUUACUAUGUCUCUUGUGUGCACUUUAACUCUAUGCUGCUGUAAGCCUGCAAAUUUCCCCGCUGCGGGACUAAUAAAGGAUUAUCUUAUCUUAUCUUAUCUUAUCUUAUCUCUUAUCUAACAAUACAAGUACAGAAACAAGUCCUUUGUCUGAAGCUAUUAGAAUGUAAUUUGUUAUUUUCACCAGUGCUGUCUCUGUGCUAUGAUUCACUCUAAAUCCUGACUGAAAUCCUCAAAUAAACUAUUGUUAUGUAGAAAGUCACAGAGCUGAUUUGCGUCUGCUUUCUGGAGGAUCUUAGAGAGGAAGGGAAGGUUAGAUAUAGGUCUAUAGUUAGACAACACCUCUGGAUCAAGAGUGGGUUUCUUAAGAAGAGGUUUAACAGGACUGUGUACAUGGCCCGUUAGUAAAGACAGGUUGAUCAUAUCCAGUAAAGAGGUGCUAACUUGAAGUAAAACUUUGGGAUUGUGUUUUAGAGACAGGCAGAAGGUUUAGAUGUAGAAAUAGUUGAAGUCAAGUGGUGAAGGUCGAUGGGAGGAGAGUCAUCUAAAUAUAUAUGAGGUUUUACAGCCGCUUCUAAUGUUCUUGUGUUUGAGGAAAAGCUGUACUGGUUGAGGGCAGGAUGUGAUUAAUUUAGUCUCUAACAGUUUGAAUUUUAUCAUUAAAGAAGCUUAUGAAGUUGUUUCUACUGAGGGCUUUAGGAAUAAGUUGCUCAAUAAAGGUGUGGCCCUCUGUCAGCCUGUUUACAGUGUUGAAAGGAAUCUGUGUAAAAGUAGUGGUAGAGCCAACAGCUACAUUAAGGAUUCUGACCUGUGACAGGUUGGCUCUCUGUGCUUUUCUCAAACUGUUUUGUAACUGAUGACAUGUGUUUAAGGGGAGGAGACUACACAGACUGAAUAAUAGAUAAAGAUGAAAUGACAAACUAUUCAACAAGACAUCAACAGCAGCAAGACAUCAGACUCAACUGCUCUUACAAGAUAAAGACAAGGCAAAGAUUUCCAGCACACUUCCUCACACUGUUUCACCGACGGUGCAGACUCUGAGACGAUGGACAUCCUUGAGACAGAUGCCUUUGACAGGCGGCAGAAGAGAAACAUGUCCUGUGCUCUCCUUCUUUCUCUCUUGCCUUUCUUUUUGUCCACAGCUGUGUUCUUCUACCUGUGGACACCUGAUUCACCCCCAUCCAUCAUGUCAGCAGGUGUCAAAUCAGCCCCGACACUCCUGUUAGCUGCAGUAGUGCUGCGCUGGAAUGGAGGUCAGAGUGUCCUGGGUGUGAUGGGAGGACUGCUAUUGGCUGCUGUUGGUGACUGCUGCCUGGUAUGGCCUAAGCUUUUUGUGCCCGGAAUGGGUGCAUUUGCUGUGUCUCAUCUGCUGUACAUAUUCACCUUCCUCUCCAGUCGUUAUACGCCAUAUUCCUCCUCCUCUUCCUUCUUGACACGUUUCCUGUCUCUGAUCCUGUUCAUGGUGGGAGGAGGUUUCUACAUCUACUUAUAUCCAUUUCUGCAGAAGACGACAAACCCCAAAGUACUGGUUCCAGCUGUGGGGGUCUACAUUGUCCUCAGUUCUCUUAUGGGUGCGUUAGCUAUCAGAACCCGCAAAAUGACAACAAUGUUAGGAAGUUUGUCCUUCUUAGUGUCUGACCUGACACUGGCAGUGCAACUUUUCAAGGAGACAGCACCAAUGAAGUAUGGUCACACUGUUGUCAUGGUAACGUAUUUUUUGGCACAGCUACUCAUAGCUGUGGGCGAUGUAAAUGCAGUGGAGAAGGACGACUUUGCAAAAUUGAAGAGGUCCUAAACAGCAUCCCUAGAGUCUGAAGCAUCUCCAUCAGCCUGGUAAAAAUCACAUAACGGCCUAUAAAUCCUUCAGGUCUGGGAGUUUCUAGAUCAACCCAUCAAAUACAGGAAAAGAGGAGAAUAGAAGAAAGACUCUACUGGUCAGCACUUGAAAGCUACUGGCUAGUGCCACAGAUGGAGUAAAAGAGCAGCUUGCAAAGUCAAAAUACUUAACUUUGUGUUUGAAUAAUCAUACUAAUAACAUUUUAAAAUACCACAGUCUACUAACAAAACUAAAGAAACUCCACAAAUAUUGGUUUUAAAAUGAUCUAUAUUCUGUGAUUUGUGCCAAAAUAUUUAAAUUUUGCAUUACAUGAAUGUUUAUGUGAAGGUUGUGCAUGGGGUGGCAAUGUUUUCCACAUGUGAGCUGGUUAUUAUAUGUAUAUAAAUACACCACUUUGUUUUGUUAAUAAUAAAUAAAUAUGGUGUAAAAUAAACAAGGAUGUACAAAAAUCUGUCCUGUUU